AUGGAGGAGGAGUUCUGGAGGCAGAAGGCGGCCAUUAGCUGGGCAGCGGAUGGAGAGAGGAACUCCAAGUUCCUCCAUGGCUGGGUCAAGCAGAAUAGAGUCAAGUCUAGGAUUCGCAGCAUAGAGGCAGGAGGGCAGACCUUGACAGAGGAGACACCAGAUCUGUCUCUUAUCCACACCCUUCCGGAAUCAGUGGACCAGGAGGCUUUGUGCUUGGCGCUGCAGGAGAAGGAAGUCCGGGAGACAGUUUUUGGGAUUAGUGGAGAUAGUGUGUCGGGUCCACAUGGGUUCUCCACCUUGUUCUUCCAGCAUUGUUGGGACAUUGUGGGGGGCGAUGUGAUUGCAACUGUUGGGGACUUCUUCAGUGGAGCUUUCAUGCCUCGGAGCUUCACGGCGACUAUGAUUAUCCUCAUAUCGAAGAUUCACAGUGGUUUUAUUAAGGGGCGGUUACUUAGUGAUAAUGCCUUGCUUGCCCAGGAACUGAUACAUGAUUUGGGGAAGGAGCUCAACAGUAGGGGUAGGUCGCCUAAUCUGGCUCUCAAGCUAGAUAUGGCGAAGACAUAUGAUAGAGUGCAGUGGCCUUUUCUGCUGAGGGGGGUUAAGGCAGGGGGACCAUUAUCGCCUUCUCUUUUUGUGCUUGCAGCAGAUUACCUCUCGAGAUGUCUUGAUAGACUGAUCAAGGGGGAUAAGGAGAUGGUUUACAGAUGUCGCAAGAAGGCUCCAGUUAUCACUCAUCUCUCAUAUGCUGAUGAUAUCAUCAUUUUUUCUAGAGCUCACAAAGAGGCGAUGGAGAAACUGGUGGGAUGCCUAAAUCACUACAUUGCUGUUUCUGGUCAGAUGGUGAACAAUGGGAAGACUCACUUCUACUUGGUGGAUGAGCAUAUGGAGUUUGCUGAUGUUGUGGAGGACGUUGGAGGCUUUUAG